AUGUUUGGGGCCUGGCUGGAGCCUCUUAAGCCCCACAUUAAGUUCAAGCAGGCCUGUGUCCUUGGAGCCGUAACGGGCCUCGCUAAAGGCGUCAUCAACACCAAAGCAGCCAUCCUUGGCUCCGCGCUUGGAGGCGCAGGCCUCGGUGGGGCGGCCGGCGGUACCCGAGGCCUCGGCGGCCUCGAGAGUAACGCUGUAGGAGCCCCGGCUAGCGCGCUCGGAGGCAGCAGAGGCGCUGGCGGCUUGCAAGGUGGACACGGUAGUGGAAUCUUCGGAGGAGCUAGACCGGGCGGCAGGACCGAUCGCGGAUACAAAGCACAAGGAGGCGUCUACCCACAGGCUGCUGGUACCGGUUUAUUCGGUGCUUUGGGAUUCCUCGCUCAAGGUCUCACCGACAUUGUCGGCAACGCAGGCAGCAUCUUGGACGAUGUUAUCCAUCUAAUGGUCGUCUCCAUCGGGAAGAUCCUCAUCUGCCUCCUCGGAUCACCUGGCUUGUCUGGCAGCCUUCUUGGCAGAACCCCAGGCAGGGACAACACCCGCGACAUCCCAUACAUCUGCACGCCCGACUACGGCCGCAACUGGGGCUGCAGCUAUAACGGACCCUACGACGCCAACUCCAUCACCAAGUACUACAAGGUCCAGAACGCGAGGAAGCAAGUCUUGAGUUUCAUCAACCAGUACACUAAUGGACGCGGAGUUAAUAGCUUGACCGGAUCACGCAAGAUUGUCCUCACCCACAUCAUCGAUCUCGCUACCAUCUUUGACAAGGGAUCAGACAACUGGACCGAUGCCGACAUCACCAACAUUGUUAUUAACAUCCUGAUCAUUCAGGGAGCUAUUGGUGACAGCUACCAAAGCGGGCUUGGAACUCAGAUCAUCGACCAAUGGAUUUCCACCUUGAAGAAGAACAACAAGAACAAGAGAUUCCCAGAUCUGUCUAAGUACCGUGCUCAAAUCAUCGCCGCGCUCAAAGGCACCAACGUAGAUCAAUGGGCAGGAUCAUUCAAGAGGUCCGGCUCCGAGAGCUCUGACAACAGCGGAUCCGACAACAGCUCUAACAAUUCUAACGAUGAUGAAUCUGACAAUGGCUCCAAUAACAGUUCUAAUGAGGUAUCUAACAACAGUUCCAACAGGAGAUCCAGCAACAAUUCUAACAAUGAUGAAUCUGACAACAGCUCUAACAGUAGAUCUAACAACUCUAAUGAUAGCGAAUCUAGCAACACCUCUCGCAGGGGAUCUACCAACAAUAAUAAUGAUGGAUCUAGCAACACCUCUCGCAGGGGAUCUGCCAGCUCUAAUGAUGAAUCUAGCAACACCUCUCGCAGGGGAUCUGCCAACUCUAAUGAUGAAUCUAGCAACACCUCUCGCAGGGGAUCUGCCAACUCUAAUGAUGAAUCUAGCAACACCUCUCGCAGGGGAUCUGCCAACUCUAAUGAUGAAUCUAGCAACACCUCUCGCAGGGGAUCUGCCAACUCUAAUGAUGAAUCUAGCAACACCUCUCGCAGGGGAUCUACCAACUCUAAUGAUGAAUCUAGCAACACCUCUCGCAGGGGAUCUGCCAACUCUAAUGAUGAAUCUAGCAACACCUCUCGCAGGGGAUCUACCAACUCUAAUGAUGAAUCUAGCAACACCUCUCGCAGGGGAUCUGCCAACUCUAAUGAUGAAUCUAGCAACACCUCUCGCAGGGGAUCUACCAACUCUAAUGAUGAAUCUAGCAACACCUCUGGCAGGGGAUCUGCCAACUCUAAUGAUCAAUCUAGCAACACCUCUCGCAGGGGAUCUACCAACUCUAAUGAUGAAUCUAGCAACACCUCUCGCAGGGGAUCUGCCAACUCUAAUGAUCAAUCUAGCAACACCUCUCGCAGGGGAUCUACCAACUCUAAUGAUGAAUCUAGCAACACCUCUGGCAGGGGAUCUGCCAACUCUAAUGAUGAAUCUAGCAACACUUCUCGCAGGGGAUCUACCAACUCUAAUGAUGAAUCUAGCAACACCUCUCGCAGGGGAUCUACCAACUCUAAUGAUGAAUCUAGCAACACCUCUCGCAGGGGAUCUACCAACUCUAAUGAUGAAUCUAGCAACACCUCUCGCAGGGGAUCUACCAACUCUAAUGAUGAAUCUAGCAACACCUCUGGCAGGGCAUCUACCAACUCUAAUGAUGAAUCUAGCAACACCUCUCGCAGGGGAUCUACCAACAAUAAUAAUGAUCAAUCUAGCAACACCUCUCGCAGGGGAUCUACCAACUCUAAUGAUGAAUCUAGCAACACUUCUCGCAGGGGAUCUACCAACUCUAAUGAUGAAUCUACCAACUCUAAUGAUGAAUCUAGCAACACCUCUCGCAGGGGAUCUACCAACUCUAAAGAUGAAUCUAGCAACACCUCUCGCAGGGGAUCUACCAACAAUAAUAAUGAUGAAUCUAGCAACACCUCUCGCAGGGGAUCUACCAACUCUAAUGAUGAAUCUAGCAACACCUCUCGCAGGGGAUCUGCCAACUCUAAUGAUGAAUCUAGCAACACCUCUCGCAGGGGAUCUGCCAACUCUAAUGAUGAAUCUAGCAACACCUCUCGCAGGGGAUCUACCAACUCUAAUGAUGAAUCUAGCAACACCUCUCGCAGGGGAUCUGCCAACUCUAAUGAUGAAUCUAGCAACACCUCUCGCAGGGGAUCUGCCAACUCUAAUGAUGAAUCUAGCAACACCUCUCGCAGGGGAUCUGCCAACUCUAAUGAUGAAUCUAGCAACGCCUCUCGCAGGGGAUCUACCAACUCUAAUGAUGAAUCUAGCAACACCUCUCGCAGGGGAUCUGCCAACUCUAAUGAUGAAUCUAGCAACACCUCUCGCAGGGGAUCUGCCAACUCUAAUGAUGAAUCAAGCAACACCUCUCGCAGGGGAUCUACCAACUCUAAUGAUAGCGAAACUAGCAACACCUCUGGCAGGGGAUCUACCAACUCUAAUGAUAGCGAAUCUAACAACAGCUCGAAUCGGAAAUCUAAAAGCGAAUACGUAAGGAAACAAGACCAAAGCGGCAAAUACAGCAAAGGCUCUGAAUCAAAAAGCAGCUCGAGAAGUGGAAAAUCCGCUGUAAACAAAGUUGGAAGCUCGUCUAAUGAAUACAGCUCAAACAACUAUGAGCAAAGCAGCAGCAAAAAGUCUUCUGAAAGUGGACAAAAUCGCUCCAGCGGUUUGGUGUACAAUAAGAAGUCUUCUAACGAUGAUGAUUGUUAA